UCGAGAUUACCCAAACCCACUGUCUCGAUUCUCGCGUUCAUUUCGCUGGAAACAUUCGCUUAGAUACGACAAGCUGUCUCUCGACGUUUCGUGCUCUCUCGUCCGCUGGUUUUCAUCUUCUUUUUGUUCGUUUCUGGAUUUUUUUUGUCUUUUUUUUCCUGUUUCUGCGUGGUUUCUGACUAGUGGUCAGAAUCUCUCGAAGCCCUACAGGAACUCGUUUGGUUCCUUCCCCCAGGUCUAAUAUGUGCCGCGAUUGAUGAUAACAAUUUUUUUCUCUCGAUGAUCUCUUGUUGUCGUUUGCUGAUUCUUCUACUUUUGUUUUCGUCUCUGAUUUCUCUCUGAUUGAUUUUUUUUUCUGGGUUAUGCAUGUGGGAAUUUCGCUGUUGUAGUUGUGAACGUCAUUGCUCGCUAUCAAUUUUGGUUGCUGGGAGAUUGUUCGUUCGUUGUAGUGUUUGGAAUCAUUAUUUCUUUCCAGUUUGAGAGAUGAUUUUGAUCGAAUUUAUUGAAUCUCGAUAUUCGAACAUGGGUUUUUGUUUUUGUUUUUGUUUAUGAGUUUUCUGCUAUCUCUUCUCUAUUUGAAUCGGCAUAGUAACACUGGCUUGCCUUGCACUUCCUGCUUUAAAACCUCUCACUCUCAUGCCGCAUUCUUUUGGUUUUAAUUUCAUAGCUUUUGUGUUAGUUUGAUACAUCUCUUUGUCCCUGAUUGUUUGUUUGUCUCCUAUCUUUUUGAUUCGAUGAACUCGAUUUUGUUGACUGUAUAAGUUUGUGAAGUACACAGAAUUGGAGGGGAUGAAGUUUGUGAGGAAACACAGUGGUCUUAUCGGAAGCAGUCCAGAGUACGGUGCGAUUUUCAUGUCCAAUAGUUCCACCAGGAAGGAAUGCAUUAAGAGAGGGCUUUUCGGUUUGCCCUAUAUGCAAGCCGACUUUGUGAAACAGGCAUGUUCCGACGGUGGCAUGAAUAUUGUGCCUGGUGCUUUCUGCUCUUCCGGAAUGCAGUUUCCUGCCCAGGUGAAAUGCGUUCAGAUAUGGCACUGUAGGCCACUUCGUGAAGAUGUAUUUCGUGACGCUAUACGAGAGAAUUACUUUUCACGAUAUAAGUUCAAUUUUGGGCUUUCAGAGGUUCAGGUUCAGAGGCUCUUGACAUUGUUUAGCCCUAAGAAGAUAGAGAGGUCACCAUCGAUUAGACCUAUGGGUAGGUUUUCCACAAGGAAACAAGCAAGUGAAUUCAGCAAAGCCAUUGAUGAUCUCCGGGCUCAGAAUGACAAUGCAAUAGAACAUGGUGGAGAUACUGACUGCAAGUUAGCUUUCAGAGAUGUACCGUCAGGGGAUUGUUUUGUUAACAGCAGAAAUCCUGUCAAAGAUUGUAGGUUAACAGCAUUUAGCGGCUUAGAGGGUGAACCUGAUGUAGGUCGAGAUUAUGAUACACCCACAGGGAAUGAACAGCCUGGAGAUGAUGCAUCUAUUGAAUUUAGAAGGCUCACUGAUCACAGAGUACCUGGGGCAAAAGAUUUGUUAGGAAAUGAAUUUGGCAUGGGCAUAAAAUUUGGGAGAGAUGCUACUAUUCAUUCUCCUUUUUCUUUAGAUACUAAUACUAUAGUCCCUGAGAACCUGAGGCAUACAGAAAAUGGCUGGUCAGAAAAUGUAUGCCAUGACAAGGGUGAAUUUACAGGGAUCGUGUCAACUGGGUAUCCUAGUUUGUGGUCUAACCUUGACCAAUCUGCUGAGCAUGGCAGAGUUUCUAUAGAAGCAGAUCCACCGGCUAUUCCUCCUCGUAGGCUACAUCUCGAGCCUUCGUAUGCAAAAAAUAGAGAAACUUAUAACCUUACCUACCCAAGAUUCCUGGGAGAUGCAACAGGAGAAAACACUCUGCCUUAUGAUCCGGAUUCACCUUCUUUUAGUACCAUGGACUCGUCUUCAUGUGCAACCAAUACCAAUCCAGUCUCGGGCCAACGAUUUACUUCUUAUGGUGGUUAUACCAUCGAUUCCCUCCCUCCCGAGAAGGUUCAGCCAUUCUCUACUGAGCAUAGCAAGGCGAUCAAGUACACGGCUGCUGGUUUUGAUUUGGGUGAUUAUGUGCCGUUGCCUAGCACACACCCUGAUUACCCAGAUAGCACCAGCAUGAUUGGAAUUCAACGAUUCCUCGAUGAGCAUAGCGGGGCAAGUAAGCUCGCAACUGCUGAUUUUGCCUCCGGUGACAACUAUCAUCCAUUGCCUAGCAUGCUUCCUGAUUACCCAGCUAGCUCCAGCAGGCCUAGAGUUGCUGAUUCGAAAGCUGUUCCAACAAAUACCUUUUCGAACGAAUUUAGAAGAGAUCGUUCACAUCUUUUACCACGUCCUGAUUUCUUAAGUUCUGUGGAAUCUGCGGAAAAGUUGAUGAACUUCGAGAGUUUGUCUCAGUCUUCCAGCCCUACUUUCUACCGUUCCUUUCUUCAUCGUUUACCAUUGGGUGAUGGAGUUGAUUUGCCUAUUAAGGACAGAGUUAAUGCAAGCCGGGGUAACUUUAGGGAUGAUUUUCCUGAUUUCAACAAGGCGGGUCGGGCUCAAAGCACCAGGAGGAGUGUGUUUUCUAGGUUGGGUUUACCUCCAAAGGAAUGUGACACUAAGAUGGAUACCUCAGAAGUCGAUGAAUCAGUCGAUGAGGUCAUGAGCUUUCUACACGAGUGUCACGAACAUUGGAUGAAACGGGAAGAACUCAAAUCAAUCACGAGAAAUGUCGAUGCUGGUGGAAAUUUUGAGAUGAAAAAGCAAAAGACCCGAACUGCCGAGCCACUAGAGGAUGAUCCAAUGUCUCCUACUUCAGAGACAGCUCUAAAUGAUGCACUUGCUUGUGAGGAAACUAUGCAACAACCAGUACAGAAGCCGACUUUUAUCGAUUUCAAGCGUCGAAGCGAGAGACAGAAGAGCCGAGGUGAUCUAACUCAAGGGUGUAAAGAGAAACCCGAAGAUCCCGCUCCUCGGCUCAAGAAGAGGAAGUUAGUUAGGCCUAAACUCGUAGUAGAAGAGCCGUUACUGAAAAAAGAAAACAAGGUGGAAAAUGUUACAGAAAACAAGGUUGAAGUCCUGUUUGAGAAUUCCGAAGAAGGUACGGAAAGUAAGAAACAUCCCGGUGAAGAUGGAAAUAUGGAUGGUAAUAACGAGGAAGUGCUCAAACACGAAGAGGAUGCAAAGGAAAAGGAGGAUGUGUCGAAAACACCUUAAUAUUGGUAAAGGCGAAAACUCGAAUUUUUUUUUUUUUUGGGAGAUUAGUCGUUAUAAGUAUUAUCUUUGCCUGGUUAUAGGUCGAUGAUAUCAGUAAGGUAGGAACAUUGGGCUGAUUCCAAGCUUUUUGCAGAUAGUUGGUUAGAUGUGUCGUUAGAGUUGCAUCCCCCUUUUGUUGGGGCAAUUUUGGAAGUGGUAUCUGCUUCAACCAACCUUUUGAGUAUGUAUGUGUGCCCCUGUUAGAAGUCAAUGCGGGCGGGUAUCUGCGUUUUUUGGGCCGCCCGACCUUAGUCUC